AUGGCUUCGAAUCUGUCUAUUCGAGCGGUCAGGACCGCCAAUGUUGCGCGGUCUGCAUCUCGCCCCCUCGCAACCCUCAUCCCCCGCCGCACUUAUGCCACCAGCCCGGAGGUUCCAACUGCCGAGUCAAAGGAGCCCCGAUGGUCGUACACUCCGCCGCGCACCAAGGCGCCUUUCAGUCUUCACAAUCACUCGAAGCCAGUCAAGUUCCAUGUGAACUCUGACCCGGCUCUCCUGGAUGCGUUCUAUACCCGUAUGUUGGGACAGGAUGGCGAGAAAGUCCUCUCCGAUGAGGUGAAGUGGUUGGCCGUCACACACAAGAGUUUCGAUCAAGGACGCCGAGGAUUCAACGACCGAUUGGCUUUCCUAGGAAAACAAGUGGUGCAGGUUCAGGCAUCUCUCGCCCUAGUCCAGAGCCCCAUUGCGACGGCGUCCUCUUCACCUGACCCUCAUGGUCGCGAGCCCUUCUCCCACCAGGCUCUGGAGGGUCUACAGAACCUCUCCUCCCGCACUAAGAACGCCCUGACCGACCGGACGAAGCUGGCCGAGCUGGCAAGAACCUAUGGGACCGAGAAGAUUAUCCGUUGGAACCCCCGGAUGCCGGAGAACUUGAUUGAGUCUGGGAUUGAAUUGGUCCUGGCACAGACUCUGUACUCUAUUAUUGGCGCCAUUGCGCUGGAGAAGGGAGGUCACAUUGCGAACAAGGUGGCUCAAGAGCGGAUACUCGAGCCUCUGGGGUUCAAGACAGUCUCGUCAUGA